GUGACCACCUCGGACGACCCCGAGAUCGCGCGGCUCGCCGACGACCCGGCGCACAAAGACGUCAAGGUCUUCGCGACCGACGCGAUUGUGUCUGUCAUCAUGGCUGCGCCGCGCUCGGCGAUGGGGUGGGACAUCGUCAUCAACAAGGUGGACGGCCGCCUCUUCCUCGACAAGCGGCACGGCUCGCCCAUCGACUUUGUCUCGUGCAACGAGACGGGCAACGACUUCAUGUCGGAGGACCCAGACCCCCGGGGCAUGCCCAAACCACCCCCAAAAAAGGUCCCCCAAAAAGGCCGUCACCCCCCCUAA